CGGUACCUUUUGCCGUGUGUUGCAGUCCGCUUUCCACCGUCCCAGUUGCACAUGGUCCUGGGUGUCGGCCUCUGUGCUCAUGCGCGCCAUGGAUUUGAAACUCACGCCGACGACUGCGACGAGUGUUCAACGGUGCAGUCGUCCGCCCUCCAUUGCCAGUUCACUUGUGUCUUCCAGAUCGCAUGGCGCAGUGCCACGUCCGCACGGCAGGGUUUGCUCCCACAAGCGCUGUCACACGUGGUGUUCUUGAAAUUGCGGCGGGGUUGGUCCACUUCCACUGUGACACAGGCCACAGUCCCAUACUUCGCGGCCUUGUGGGAGUUGCAGCCAUGACGCCCAUCCAGGUGGGUACGAUUCUCGCCGCUAUAAUUCGCUGGUUGCGGUUGAGGGAGCAUGUGUCCGUUCUGUCGGCUAUGAUUGUCAUGCACGUGGUCAUCAGCGCCGUUGCAAUGCAGCAGUCAACAACGAUCUUGCUUGUCCUAUGCUAUCACCAUUCUAAGCACACCGUGGAGAAGGGGCUGCGCGCUGGAGAGAUCGAUGUCGGCGGCGAUUGUGAGUUCGAUAUAGAGCUGGAGGAACAUGGGAGGAGCUCAUCAUGGAAGGCCCGGGACACGAGAAGAAAUUCGGGGAGUACACGAGUCUCACGAGGCCACUCUUCGGCGAAAUUUUCCUACGAAUCGCGCCGCGGAUUCAACACGAAGGGUGGUACGACCACACACCCCUAUACGCCUGAAGAGGAGGCCAAGGCCGCCGCCAUCCUGAAAGAGAAAAGGGAGAAGAGGGAGGCCAAAAAGAAGGCCGUGCAGAAGGAGCAGGCGACCAAGUUGAAAAAAAUUGAAGAGGAGAUGGCCAGAGAAAAUGAGAGAAUAAAGAAAGAAGAAGAGCGAAAAUUGAAGGAGGUACAAGAGGAAGAGGAAGAAGAUGAAACACCACUGCAACGGAAGAGAGGGCAGUACAGUGGCAGUAGAGACGAGGAGAUGGAGAAACGGAUUUCGGAAUGGGUCGCCAACUUAUCCCUGGGCGAAGAAGAAGAGGUGGCGAUGUAUAUCUCCAAGGAUGACCAGGAAGCCGCUAUGAGAGUCUGGGAAGCAGAAAAAGAUGUCGUAAAGCGGAAGGCGUUGGAAGACGAAAAGAGGAUGGAGUGGAAAUUGGCCGUGAUGAGGGAGAAGAAGAGGAGAGUAGAUGCGGCAGCGGAGGCGGCAAAAGAAUUGGAGGAGGUACAGAAGAUAGAAGAGCAGUUAGCCGCCCAGACCGAACUCCCAAACCAAAUGCGAGUCAUAGCCCGAAACGUUGCACGCCUGACACGAAUUCAGGCGGAGCAAUAUGACUUUAGUAGGAGUCAACACAUAGUUGUGCGUUCAAUAAAGUUGGGAUUCCAGGACUUUGCUGCAGCAACUCCCAAGGAGGAGGAAGCACGUCCUCCUCGCCGGGAGCCGGUCAAAGUCAAUUUCUCAGAUUCCUACAGUGGAAAACGGGAAGAAAACUUUGACAAUUGGGAGGCCAAUGUCAAGACCUAUGUGCAUUUGCAACAGGUCUCCCCGGAUCAGCAGGUCCUAAUUGCGAUCCACGCGCUUAGAGAUGAGGCCGCCAGCUUUGCAAGGUCCCUAGUUCGCGCUGCCAACUGUAGUGAUGAUCCAGUUGCGUACUCCUCGUUCACGUCCCUCACUGAAUUCUUGAAGCUGCUGCGCGAGCGAUUUGCUGAUGUCACUCGCAGUGUUAAGGCCUCAGACAAGCUCCAGACGAUCCAUGCCCACACCCAGUUGGUCGCCCUCUUCUAUAGAGCGAUGCCCGAAGCUUUUCGCGGGCACUUCUUCGCGAAGAGCGAAGACCCUGCCACCACUUACGAUUCCCUUAGCCGUGAAGUGGUGGCCUUUGAGGCAAAAUCUGUGUCAGUUUCCACCUUCUGGCACAAAGAUUUGGAUAAGGGGAAACAAUGGAAGGGCCGCACUAUCUCUGGGCAGGUGAAGACUAAGGAUAGCCUUGUCCUAACUUUAGAUGAGGGUAGUGUGGAUGAGAUCCCUUACGAUCCGAUUGAGUGGGGGUUAGAGGAGGAGGACAGCGGUGUGGGCUAGCGGGGAACUUACGCUGCUGUCGCGGCUGGAGGGAGGCCGCAAGGAGGACGAGGCCAGGGCCGAGGGGGCCGGGCCUCAGGGAGCCGGUUUCAGGGUGAUCAG